AUGGAAGACUCUAAUAUAAAACCAGAACACGUGUUAAUUUUAUUUCAUAAUGCAGAUUCUCAAUCUAACUCCUAACCAUAUAAUUUUAUGAAGUUUCCGGUGAUUUAUGGAGUAAAUAUACAUAUGUGCACCGUAAGAAAUCAAUUUCAGUGACGUCACGUCACGUUCACAUUGAAUGUUAUGAUAACGUGAAUUCGUCGCGAUUAUGAGAACGUCAACGUCGUUUCGAACUGUUGUUGCAAUAUUCUUAUAAAUAUUCAGGAUAUAUGGAAGAAUAUAAAUUCCUUAGUUAUAUAAUCUGGAAUUGACGAGAGUCCCACUUUCUUAAAUACUUAAUAUUAGAUUAUCUAUAGUAAUAUUGGAUUAUCUUAAUAUUAGAUUAUCUAUAGUACUUAAUAUUAGAAUAUCCGGACCUUGAGACGUAUCAAAAUGUUCUAUAUAUGAAGUGAUUUCGAAAUUAUCCAAUAAUACAAAAAAUUAGCCUUAAUAUUUAAGGCUUGAAAUAUUCGCUCAAUUCUUGGAAAAUUUGAGGUUCUAAAAAUUCACAGAAUUAUCUAAAUAUUUAAGGGCGAAAUAUCCGAAAUAUUGAGUAUAUAAUGUUUAACUGUAUAUAAUAUUUAACAGAUGAAACAAAUUUCUGUGUGGUGAUUAGAUGGGAGAGAAAGAGAGAAAUAGUGAAAGAGAAAGAAUUUAUUGUUCAAAUAUAUUCUAAUAAAUAUAAUUGAAGAUUAUUAUUAUUAUUCUCAAGGAGAAAUCUUUCCUUGGUUUAAUUUAAUUAUUUGCAGUGUCCAUUUCAACAAUUUAUCGUAUAUAAAACGAAUAUACAUAUAUCAAUCUCUACGUUUAGAUUAGACCACGUCUAGAUUUUACUCGGAAUUCGGAAUACUUUUACAACUUUGAAUGGAUUUAUAUUUUUCGAAUAAUUCUUGCAGCUCAAUGCAUGCCACAGUUCAGCGGCGGUCCGGUGGAAUUUAUGACUUGCGAUGACAUCGAGUGUAAAAGGGCCGAUGGCUGGUUCUUAUCGUACACGAAGAUAACAGGGAUUAUCGUAGUGUUUAUUAUCGGUGUCGUUGCCGCGGGAUUUCUCGGAUGGUACAUCAAUUCCUUACCAAAGAGAAAGGAUUACGAGGCUUUAGAUUUGCUGAACGAUGAGAUCGAGAGUACGGAUGAUCUUGGUGAAAAUACGGUUUCACCCUUUGUUCAUCCCUUGAAAUAUCGUCUGGAAUUAACGCCGAUUAUUAUCGAUGUUAAUCUCUCGUCGAAAUUGAUCGGCCGCGUGUUCAUUGAAUUCCAAGUAAACGAUACGACAGGUGUAAACAGACUCUCGUUAAACGCGAAGAAUAUCACAACGAUGGAUUGUAAAUUAACAUUGCUGCAGCUGGAAGAGAACAAGAAACCAUUAAGAAAAAGACGAAGAAGAAGAGAUGCGAUUAAUCAUAAUGGUCAAUGGGACGAUACAAUUUCUGAUGCACAACAGUCACUAUGGUGCAUAGAUGUAGUCCCUGAAGGGUUUAAAACUUUGUUAAAUGAUGAAAAUCUUCAUGUAAAGUCGUUCUAUUUAUUUGCAAUUACUUUGAAUUCCAUAGAAAAUGCAGUCAUGGUUAACGAGCUGAUGGAAAACGAGACAGUUGUACAUGGUAAAAGUUCUGAAAAUCCAUCAGGCAGCAAGUCUACUAUUGAAGAAUCAAGGGUUUCAUUGACAAAUUACGCAUCAGUCGGCGAAAUUCAUAGUUCACGUGUAAAUGCCGCUGUACAAUUCGGACCUGAAUCUUUCGAGAAUGCAUCUUUGCAAAUACGGAUUUCUAAUUACGACACAGACGAGGAUAGAGAAGUUCACACGAUUCAUUUAGAGAAACAAAUACAGCAAGGAGUUUAUUUGUUGGAAAUCGAAUAUGAAUUGUCAAUCAGUGACAAUGCGUUUUUCCUCGCAAAUUAUAGUUCAUCCGGCGGAGAAAACUGGUUAAUGGGGACAAGAUUGAAACACUGCGGUGCCCGAUGCCUUUUCCCAGUUUUCGACGAUGCGACAUACAAGUCAGUGUUCUCCGUAUCCAUCGCACGUUCCAAGGAAAUGACAGUUCUUUCGAACAUGCCCCUCAGGACUUUAAGGGAUGCUCCGAACAGUUCACUGGUGAUCGAUACUUUUGACGAUUCUCCGCCCAUUUCACCGCACAAUUUGGCUUUUAUAAUCGGGCACAUCGAGACCAUGAACGCGACACUUGUAGGGGACACUGAAGUAGUUGCAACGUUCUGGCGUGAUUCGAACAGAAAUUCACAGGAGAUUUACCUCUUCGACAAACUGAACUCGGUUGUCGUUAACCUGAUGGAUGUGUUUUUAACGUCUUACCCCUAUCCUAAGCUGGAUCUGGUUGGGUUGCCUCCAGGGAUUAACGAGAACGUGGGAAGUCCUGGAUUAAUUGCGAUUAAGCAGUCGUUGUUCUACGCCAGCGACAAAUCGCCACGGGUCACGAAGGAUAACGCUCUGAAGGUUCUGGUCACCCUGAUGGGGCAGCAGUGGCUCGACGAGUUUAUGAACAUAGACUCGUCAUUGGACCCGGUCGAUUCCUUCAUCAUUGAUGUUCAGCUGCACGUGAUGGAGAUCGAUGGUUAUAGCAUUUCAAGGCCUUUUCACGAAAAUGUCAACUACCAUCCGUUGCCAUUGAUUGAUUACGAGCAUGCGAAAGUAUAAUAGCACGGAUGUUGUCGAUUUCAUGAAUAUUUUGGCGGAAGGAGCAAUGGAACUUCCGCCUGGAGUUUCGUUGGUACAGACGAUCAAUUCUUGGAUUUCUCAGGGUGGAUAUCCACUUGUAACAGUUGUAAGAAAUUACGCGAACGAAUCCGCUGUUAUUUAUCAGGAACAAUUUUCACUCGAUCGUCCGUUAGAAAGUAUUACUAAAUUCUGGUAUAUCCCAUUGAGUUACACUAAUAAUUACAGUAAUUGGUCGUCUCCUUCAAAAAUAUGGUUCCCACCUGAACUUAAAAUUACUUUGGAUAACAUUGGUUCCAAUGAAUCUUGGAUACUUUUCAAUGUGAAUAAGACUGGUUUCUAUCGUGUGAAUUACGAUGACAGAAAUUGGAUGUUGUUGAAGCUGGCUCUGAUGGAAAAUCACGACUCAUUUCCGGCAGAGACGAGGGCAUCACUCAUAGAUGAUGUUUUUAGUUUAGCAGAAAUAGGCUUCGUGAAAUACGACACAGCGUUUGAGUUUAUUAAAUAUAUGCAAAUGAAGGAAAGACAUUAUAUACCGUGGGGUGCGUUCAUGCGGCACAUGUUCAAAUUAAAUAGGCUCCUAUAUGAAACCUCAGUCUUCAAUGAUUUCCAGGAAUUUAUGGUAAGAUUUGUAUCCCCGUUGUACAGUGAAGUAGAAUCGAAGCUAGACGAAGGUUCGCCAUUGACAAUGAUUGCUGUGAAACUUGCAUGCGUCUUCGAGCAUUCAGAGUGUUUGAAUUGGACGAGAAACGUUUUCGAAAGCGAUAAGACUGACGACGAAGUCCAAGAACUUGUCCCUUUUUACAUACGGGAAACGUUUUAUUGCACUGUUGCGCGUUAUGGUACCCGAAAGGUGUGGAAUUAUUUCACGGAAAAAGUAACGUCCAUCGAGGACGAGGAAGAAAGGAGACGUUUGCUGUCGUCAUUUGCCUGUUUUGAAGCUCCGUGGGUUCUACAAUCUAUCCUCAAUGAAAUACUUCACGAGGAGCGAUUCCAAGAGGACGAAAUAUCAAUAAUUUUGAACGCAUUUCCGCAAAAUCCAGCCGCGGCUCAAAUUGCGUCCCGGUUCGUUCGUGCAAAUUGGCAGCAAAUUGUGCAGAGCUUCAAAUAUUCAGGGAGAUCAACUACGACAGCAUGAAAGGAACAAGGUAUGCCGCAGCUCUUGUCGAAGCGAACGGAAAUUUCGUAACAGCGUGGUUGAAGAAUUCUUUGCCGCAAAUUGAGAAUAUAUUAAAAGAGGAAGAAGAAGAAGCGCAGAGGUCUGUGACCUGAUGAGAAUAGCUGAUAAAGAAGUGGAAGAACGAACAAGUUCAGUCAAAACAGUUUUUCAAAGACUUGCACGUACGUUUUUAUUGACCAAUGUGAUUUAGUAUACUAUCUUUUUCAUUUUUUACUUAGAAAAUGCAAAAUCCGAACGUUUCACGCGAUAUAUUAACACGUCACAUUUAUUACGUAAUUUAUUAAUAGAGUACAUACUACAUACUACUGCAAAUUAAUAGUAUCUCUUUGAA